CACGCCCUAACUCCUUCUGCUGCACAAAUAACCCAUGCACCUUCCUGCCUACCCUAUGAGUGAAGUGUGUGAUCUUGAAUUGAAUAUUGAGACAUCUUAACCAACAAUGGACAGGGACCCUUCCUCUCUUCUCUUCAACCACCAUUAUGCAUGAUAAAUUGGAUCAUUUUGAGAGACCCCAUCAACCUCAAAUCAACUUAUUUCCAUCUGUUUAUAUAACCUUUACAAAUUUGAUCUCUUCGUGUUAAAGAAAUAGCUAGCCACUGAUCUGAUCUCUUUUUCUCUCCCUCUAUCUUAGUUUGUGUCUAAUGGGGAAUGCAACAUCGUGUGCUCCGUCAAUCAUCUCAAAUGGGGUAGUGAAGGUCUUAACUAAUGGUGGCAACUUGCAGAUCUACACAAAGCCAGUUAAAGCAGCAGAAUUAAUGCUAGAGAACCCUGGACAGUUUGUUUGUGAUUCUACAAGCCUAAAAGUUGGUCAUCGAGUUCAUGGUCUAUUAGCUGAUGAUCAGCUAGAGAGGCGCCAAUUCUACUUUGUUUUGCCCAUGGAACUUCUCUACUCUGUGCUAACGCAUGAGGAAAUGAGCUCUCUCACUUACAAAGCUACCAAAGCAUUGAAGUAUAACAAUUUUGGCAAGAUUUUUCCAGUCCUUAGUGAGUUUUGCAUUUUCCCUUCAGAAGGAAAAACAAUGGACAGCAUGGCCACAGAACCACAGCCUAUGGAGAGGUAUUCCAAGCAAAGAUCAUGGAAGCCCGCCUUGGAAACCAUUGUUGAAACUCCUAAUUGUAGGCGGCCUUGAUGGUCAGCAUAUAUGGUUUUUCUUUUUCUUUUUUCAAUUUCCUUCUUUUGUUCUUUCUUUCUUUCUUUUUCUUCUUCUUUUUUCUUUUUUGGGGAGUUUUUGGCUGACAUUUUGAGUAGAUUAUUAGCAAUAUGCGCCUGUCAAGUUCAUUAUAGUAUAAGUUCUCCAGCUAUUUAUAUUCAAAAAUAGAGAAGUUUGUAUUAGAAUUACGACAUUUCCUAUGAAAUUUAAAUGAUACUGUUGCUAUA